AUGGCAUUUACGUUAGUUUACGGUCUUCUGAUGCUUACGGGAAUUACCGGUAAUGGCAGUGUGCUGAUUGCCUUCACGACGAGUUCGCGACUUCGCUCGGCUCGAUAUAUUUUUUUGCUCAAUUUAAUUCUCACCGAUUUGCUGCUUUGUGCAACUGCAAUUCCUGUAACACCUUGGUAUGCUCUCAAGAAAAAUUGGAAUUUCGGAGCUCUGAUGUGCCGUCUGAUGCCCCUAUCCAAUUCCUGUUCAGUAUUCGUUACCAGCUGGAGUUUAACAGCUAUAGCAAUUGAUAAAUUUGUACAUAUUAUGAAUCCAACUACACCUCCGGUAUCUAUCAGGCAAGCAACCUUGGUAACUACUUUUAUAUGGGUGAUUAGUACUAUAAUAAAUAUACCAUAUUUGAUGAGUUAUGAUCUUGUUGAUGGAGCUUACUAUGCAGCGAAUAAUACCACACCAUUCUGUGGUCAGUUUUGUGAUGAGAUCAACUGGAAUGGUGAAACACCAAGAAGGUUAUAUGGAUCAGCGGUAGUUUUACUACAAUUUGUUGUUCCAUUAGCCAUCAUUACUUACUGUUAUGCAAAAAUACUAGAAAAAGUUUCCAAUGAUAUGAUCAUUCAAAAUGCUCAAUUUAGCAAAAGCUUAUCAAAAACUCAACGACAAGAAGCAAUUAAGCGGAAGAAACGUGUAAUUAAUAAUGUUUUUGUUUAA